UCCUUAAUAAAUUACAAUCAGAUACUGCUCGCCUUCACGAAGUGCUACAAUCUUUUGGUGGAAUAUUAAAAAUGUGGGAAGAAUAUCCUGAUGAGGAUUUAGCAAAGUGUAUAAUCUCACGACUAGAACAAAGGUGGAAGCAAUGGGGGCAACCAUUAUUGUUAUUAGCUUUUCUUUUAAAUUCAACAUGGUUUGAGCAUCAACCAACCUGUAUUCUACUUGAGUUUGAAAAAUAUAAAUACCCAUUUGAUUGUUCAACAUAUAAACAAUUUAAAGGAAACAUAUUAAAAUUUUGGGAAUUUGUCUCCCCCUCAACUAAAGAAUUGGGACCUUUAGCUGUACGGCUAUUUGGAAUUUGUAUUAAUGCAGCAUCUGUAGAACGAUUAUGGAGUUUGAUGAGAUUUAUCCAUACUAACCGACGAAGUCGUCUCCAAUUAUCAAGCAUUAAAGUAACUUCUACCACCACUAAUGAAACUAACAAAACUACUAGCACUACUACUGCUAAUCAAACUAAUAGCACUACUACCACUAAUCAAACUAAUGGCACUACUACCGCUAAUCAAACUAAUGAAACUACUGGCACUGGUGAAGCAACUUUAGAAAAUAAAUCUCCUAUAUGA